AUGUCGACCAUGUACCAGGACCGUAUCCCGCAGAUCUCGCUCACGGACGAGGAGCGCGCCAAGUAUGACCAAUCGGCCCGUAUCUUUCUAAUGGAGACUAUGGCCGAGCGUUCCAAGUUCGAUCCGGAGCGUAUCAACCCCAAGCAGUGGGAAUACGUGCGUCGCCGCAAGUCUAUGAGCGUCUACCACAGCGUCAACGGUACGUCGGAUCCGGCGGUGCUACUCAUGCUCGGAACGGGUCUGAUCGACGGCUCCAUCGAAGACGUUUUGAGCGGCCUAUAUUGUGAUACGACCGAGGAUCUCCGGACAGCCAAGGUUCUACUGGGGUAUCCGCUGGCUGGAGGUGCCGUCAUGAAUGUCAGUGAACGUCGUAGUAUGAAGGACCCUUUCCGCUUCGCUGGUAUCAAGUGGCUUGCAGCGAGAUCCGUUUGGGGUUUGAUGCGAGACCGAGACGUCUUGACGUACGAGCGAAUGGGUCUGACUGUGGAUGCCGAUGGCGAACAAUGGGGCUACCAUACUCUACAGUCGAUACGCCGCCCGGAGUGGCCAAUGGAAGCGAUGCCAGGGAUGCAGCGUCAGCACACGGCAACGUGCUAUCUCUAUCGCCCACGACGCUAUAUCAACAAAACCGAGAUCUUCCUUUGGGGCUCCAUAUAUAAGUUUGGUAAAUACCCGGACAAGGUUAUAUACUUCGGCGUAGCUACGACGUGGCUCAACGUCGUCCACAGCUCUACGAGUGGCCACGCCAAAAAGUUCAGCGCGCUAAUGGAGAGAGCGGAAAGCCACGGAUGGCCAGCCACAAGCAAAGCGUGCCAUGUCUGCUCCAAGCAACCUCUACUAAAAAGCUAUUCGGCAUGCGCUGGUUGUCAUCAAAGUGUAUGUAGAGACUGUUCUCGGCAGAAGGGUAUCUUCGCAUUGGACGCCAAGCGCAAGAAGCCCCUACGUCGGUUGUUCUGCGUGCUCUGCAUUAAGAGCGUCAUCGGGAGUGCACACUGGAGCGUGGACGACCAUAUCGAAGCUAGUGGCCUUGAGUCCGAGCCCGAACUCUCGUUCCUGUCUCUUUCGAGCUACACGGGAACAGAGAGCGUCAGUACAGGGCGCAGCGGAAGUAUUCAAGGUGACAAUCAAGUGGCCGAUCCAUUCCGCCCACGGGUAUCAUCUUCGCCUACUUCAACACUUCCAGUUCUGGGUGCACAGGGACCGCUAGACCCGGAUGCGCAGCUCGUGCUCGACUGGUAA